AUGUCUCAUACAGGCAACUAUGAAUCUGUUAUGUACAGCAGAACAAGUGAUAAUCAAAAGUUUACAAGAAAUUCUCAUCUAUAUUGUGAGGUUUGCAAAAUAAGAGGACACAAUAAGGAUAAUUGUUGGAAAAUAGUGGGAUAUCCCCCUGAAUUCAAGUUUAAAAAGAAGAAAUUCUCUGAAGGUGAGAGUGCAGCUUACAAUGUGAGUGCAAAAGAGAACACACAAAAUGAGGUACUUCAGGCUAGAAAUGAGCAAUCUGAGAUCAAGUAUGGUUCUGAUACGAAUGUGUUUAGUCAUGGAAAAGGUUCAAGUAGCAUGGAUCAAAUUCAGUUCAAACAAAGUCAAGUUGAGGCUAAUCACUUUACACAAGAACAAUACAAUCAUAUAGUACAGAUGCUAGCACAACACAGUCCUCAAAUCAACCAGAAUUCUAUGUCUAACACAGCUGCAAACACAGCAGGUAUGACUAACUCAAUGGCUAUGAAUGUGUCUCACAAACCUAAUUGGAUUGUGGACACAGGAGACACAAAUCAUAUGGCUUCAAGCUUAGAGUUACUAAACAAGUUAUCAGUUAAUAAGUUAGGCUAUAAUAGAACUGUUGAAUUGCCUAAUGGAGAUGAAACAAAAGUUACUCAUACUAGUUUAAGUAGUAUAUCUGAUGGUAGUACUACAUCUAAUGAUCUCUUCACUGGGAAGGUGAAGGAGAUUGGUAGAGAGCAGAAUGGGCUAUAUUGGCUACUAAAUAAAGAUGCAAGAAGAUCUAUCAGUCUAGCUGCUCAAGAUGUUAAGAAUGUGUCAACAGACAAGAUAAAUCUAUGGCACAAAAGAUUAGGACAUACAUCUACUUCAGUGUUACAUAAACUGGAUGUCAUAUUCAAUGAAACAACAUUUCCAUUUGGUAAAGGAAAACAGUUAGAACCUGUGUUUAAAGACACUCAUUCAACUUUAGAUCAUGCAUAUCAAUGGUCCAGUAUUCCUGUUACUACAUCUACUCAUCAAGUUCAACAACACAUACAAUAUGAAGGUAGGAAAUCAUGCCAACAGAAUGAGGAAGAGGAGUUAAGGACUGUGAUAAAUGAGGAUACAACACAGAUUCCUUUGCAACCAUCUCGAAAGUCUAGAAGAAGUAGUAAACCACCUAUUUGGUUAAAAGACUUUGUAUCUCUCAAUAUUCAAAAGGAAUCAGACUAUGGCAUUCAAAACUAUAUAAGUUAUGAGAAUAUUUCUGACAAAUAUAGUGCAUACAUAGUUGCAGCCUCAAAUCAUACUGAACCAAAGUCUUACACAGAAUCUGUUAAAGAUUCAAGAUGGAUAGAAGCUAUGAAGUCAGAAAUUGAAGCAUUACAAAGCAACCAUACUUGGGACUUAGUAACUCUUCCUGAAGGAAAAACUCCAAUAGGCUGCAAGUGGAUAUUCAAAGUCAAAUAUAAAUCCACAGGAGAGGUAGAAAGGUAUAAAGCCAGACUAGUGGCUAAAGGAUUCAACCAGCAAGAAGGUAUUGACUACCAAGAGACAUUCUCUCCUGUAGUAAAGAUGAAGACUGUUAGAACAGUAUUGGCACUAGCUGCAAAAAGGGGAUGGUGUGUACACAAAAUGGAUGUGUUUAAUGCAUUUUUACAAGGAGAUUUGUUUGAUGAAAUAUAUAUGGAAUGCCUCAAGGUUUCACAAAGUGAGUAUGAUCAGUCUAUGUUCAUCAAGAAAGAUGAAUCUGGAAUAGUGAUUAUCCUUGUGUAUGUGGAUGAUCUAUUAGUCACAGGAGAUAGUCUAAUAAUUGUGAAAGAAACAAAAGAGAAGUUAAAACAGGUGUUUAAAAUGAAGAAUCUUGGAGAACUAAGAUACUUCUUAGGCAUUGAGUUUGCCAGGUCUAAUCAAGGUAUACUUAUGCACCAAAGAAAGUACACUUUGGAGCUUAUAUCAGAGACAGGACUCAGCAGUUCUAAACCAGCUGCAACACCAAUGGAUACAAAUGUUAAGUUAACAACUAAGUAG